AGGUCAGGUCGGAUUAAACACAAAACUUGGAUUCGAAAUUCUCCUACGGACUUUCUUUUCUUCCUUCGACAGAAACUUGCCCACGGCAGAACCAUUGGUGUCGUUGUUUACCUCUACCGCUUCGCGUUCGCAGCCCUGCAGGUCAGCGGGUUCCACCCACUUUGGCAUCAGCUCGUGCUUAUCGGCACUUAAGGACCCGGAAAGAGACCAAAUGUCUGGGAUCACUUGCCCGGAUUGCCUCAGCGGCUCCAUAAAAGAUGGAAAGCCAUCUGGGGAAGUUACCACUAUUCACAGCUUGCCGGCAUAUGUUGCGCGUCCGGAAGGUACUCCCAAAGGACUGGUCGUCCUGAUCCCUGAUAUAUUUGGCUGGGAACUCUCAAAUUGCCGUUUGCUGGCAGAUGCCUAUGCGAAAGAAGGCGGAUUUCUUGUUUACCUCCCUAAUUUCAUGAAUGGCUUCAUCCCCUCUGCAGGAGCUAUGCACUCAAUGGAAGCUCUCCUGGCACCUUCUCCAUCGAUUUUCACAACUAUCUUCUACAAACCGUUGUGGCUUCUCAGAGUGGCUGGAGCUGCCAUACCAUUUCUGUUCUACAACGGCGAAUCUGUCAUCAAGCCAAAGGUCUUCAAGUUCCACGAAUCGCUCCGCUCCGACCCGGAAACCAAGUCUUUGAAGAUUGGUUCUGCCGGCUUGUGCUGGGGCGGCAAAUACACUAUACACUUGGCACAAGAGCCAAACUUGAUCGACGUCGGGUUUACCGCUCAUCCGUCAAAGAUGAAGUUCCCCGAGGAUUGGGACAAUGUGAAAAUCCCGCUGUCGAUUGCAAUUGGAGAUGUGGAUAUGGGCAUCAAAAUCGACAUGGUGAAAGAUAUCAAGGCUUUGUUGGAGGGAGAGAGCAAACAGAGUGGACAGAAUGAGGUUGUGAUCUAUCCUGGGGCGAAGCACGGAUUUGCUGUAAGAGCGGACCCAAAGGAUGAUGGGCAGACAAAGAGUGCAGGGGAGGCAUUGAAGCAAGCUAUUAACUGGUUCGCUAAGUGGAUGGUGUGAAGGAUAUGCUUAUUCCUUCUGUUUCAAUUUCUGGUGCGACUUAGUUGUAUUAAGAUGAGAUGGGUUGAGUUGGUUGCUCGAGGCUGCGGUGGUUCUGCGUCACCCAUUGAUUGAAGUACUCUUCUAGACAGAUGUAUCUGCAUCAGGUUUGCGUACCGUUAUUCGAUACACUUUGAAAUAUCUAAAAGUUAAAAAGCAAGG